AUGGCGACCCCGUCGCCCCCCGAGAGCGACGACUCGAUGCAGAACGACCGCGAAGCGCGCCUCAAGAAGGACCGACUGCGAAAAACCAAGUACCGCCAGGAGAAGAUGGCCGAGAUGCACGAGCUGAAAGUGACUGCGAGCGCGCUCACGUUGCAGCUGGAGCAGCUCAAGGCGCAGCGGAGCCAGCACGUGCGCCCGCGGCUGCCGUCGCUCACAUCGCUUCAUGCGCCGCGGCUGCGGCUCUCGUGGAGGUACAUUGCCGAUCGAGAGAAAAUGCGCCUCGAGGCCGCGUACGCCGACCAGACGCGGCUGCGCAACGACCUGGUAACGGACCUUCAUCGCGCCUUCUGUCUGCUCCAGUCGCAGCGCCGCGCCCCGCGCAAGAUGCUCAUGGACGUGCGAACGGAGCCCCGGACUGCGUACACGCUGCCACACCACCCACUGCGCCGCCUCGAGACCAUCCAGCGCCUCUUGCAGUGGCAGGCCGACCACGUCACCGAUGCGUUCGUAGCCCACGUGCUUCCAAAUCUCGACGACGACGACGACCCGGCGUGGACCAUGGAGCUGACGCCGGACGGCGCGUCGGUCGCCUAUAUCGAGACGCGAAGCCAAGGCGUCGUGUACGCAUCAGCGGGCGACGUCGGCGCCGUCUUGUGGCAGCUCGAGACCGCGCAGUCCCGUCAUACGACCGUGGCUCCGCUCGACAGCGAUACCGUCGUCGUAUCCAGCAACGACGACGACACGACGCUGCUCAAGCGGCUCGUGCACCGGACGGCCCAUGGCGCGGCGCGCGUCCUCGUUGUCGCCCAGAGCGUGCUCGCGGACGAGAGCUCCUCGUACCGCAUUGCCCGAAAGAGCGUUGCUACGUGGCUUGUGGUCGACGAGCUCCCGCGCGGCGCGUCGGACGGCCCCGUGAGCGUCUAUCGCAGCGUGCAGCAGGCGGCGCUGGAGGGUCCGCUGGACGCCUACGCCGAGCACUUGGUUGCGACGACGGCGACGGCCGAGAUGCGGCAGCACGCGCUGGCGCGCCACUUUCACUGCCUUUAA